CAGCCCUGAGCUGCAGCUCUGGAUCAGCUGUGUUUGGUUGCAGAGGUGCUGAUGCUGCUGCAGCAGAGCUGAGGAAAGAACUACGUGAGCGGUCCCAACAUGACGGGGAGGACAGGUCUUCUCUUCAGCCUCAUCACAGCGGCACUUUUCUGUGGCGUCGCUGCUCAGACAGUCAGAGAGUGUGAAAGCGUCACCGUCGGUGACAUCGUCUUCCUAGUUGAUGGAUCGUCCAGCAUCGAUGAUAAAAGCUUUCAGGACAUCCGCACAUUUCUCCGCAACACCAUCCAGGGCUUUGAAAUCGACCCCGACAAAGUUCAGAUCGGUUUGGUGCAGUACAGCGAUGAUCCUUAUCCGGAGUUCCAGCUGACGGAUCACAGGGACAAGAAUUCCCUGCUGGCUGCAGUGGAAAACCUUACCCACCGAGGAGGCGGCACAGAAACCGGCAAAGCCAUAGACUUCCUCCAGAAGGAGUACUUCACCAAAGAGGCCGGCAGCCGAGCUGACCGCCGUGUGCCUCAGAUUGCUGUGGUCAUCACAGAUGGCGAAUCCACUGAUGACGUAUUGGAACCUGCCAGGAGACUGAGGCAGCACGGUGUCAUCGUGUUCGCCAUCGGGGUUGGAAAGUUCAACCAGACACAGCUUAUAACCAUCGCUAACUGGCCCUCGGAGCGCUUCGUCCUCACCAGUGACAGCUACCAGAAGCUCCAGGAUCAGACCAACAGCCUGCUGGAAAAUGUCUGUCUCAGUCUGGAGGAUCAGACGCUAGCUUUGGUCGACAGGUUUGCAGAUAUUUUCUUCCUGGUGGACAGUGGAAUAGCUUCCAAUCAGUUUACCCUGUUUAGAAAUGAGCUUUUCAGACUGUUGAAUCGACUGGAAGUUGGAGCGUCUGGUUACCGUGUCGGCUUGGCCCAGUACGGUCAGGACGUCAGAGCUGACUUUCGUCUCAACACUCAUCAAACCAAGCAGCAGAUCGUGGCCGCUGCUCGACGUUUCCGACUGCGUUCACAAACAGGCCAACCACGAAAUCUUGGACAAGCUCUGUCCUACGCUAAAGAGAACUUCUUCACUGCUGAGGCAGGAGGCCGCGCAGAACAGGGAACCCCACAGUAUUUGGUUGUAGUGGCUGGAAAAGACUCGGAUGAUCCUGUGUUUUGGUCUGCUGAAUAUCUGAAAGACGAGGGGGUAACUAUUGUGGGGAUGGACGCAGGUGCGACACAGGAUGCUCUGGACCGCUUUGCCAGCCCUGGCUAUAUCUUUGACUCUUCAAGAGUAACUCUGCUGAUUGACCUGCUCACGACCCAGAGAGUGGAGGCUGUCACUGAAGAUUGCAAAACAGCUAACAAGGCAGACAUUGUGUUCAUUGUUGAUGAGUCCGGGAGCAUUGGAGAGGAAAACUUCAGGCUGACACGUAAUUUCCUGCACUCGGUCAUCAGCGGUCUGGAAAUUGGUUCAUCUAAAAUCCGAGUAGGCAUUGUUACAUACAACGACGUGCCGACUGCACACAUCUCCCUCAACUCAUUCAGAGACAAGGCAGACAUUCUGCACUUCAUCAGCUUCCUGCCGUACCGUCAAGGUGGUACAAACACUGGAGCUGCCCUACACUUCGCCCUGAAAAACAUCUUCACUGAAGAAAAGGGCAGCAGGAAGGAUGUCCCGAAGGUAGCGGUGGUAAUCACAGACGGUGAAUCCCAGGAUAAUGUGAAGGAACCUGCAAUCGCUCUCCGUCGAGCUGGUGUCACAGUUUUUGCUGUCGGAAUCAAAGACGCCAAUAAAACCGAACUGCUGGAGAUGGCAUCUUACCCCAAGUUCGUUUUUACUGUGGACAGUUUCAUCAAGCUGAAACCCCUGAAAGAAACUCUGCAGACAACCCUGUGCAACACCAUCAUCCAGAUUGGGGUCCAGGACAAGGAAAGUGACGCAGAUGCCAAACAAGCAUGUGAAAAAAAGGACCUGGCUGACAUUUUCUUCCUGAUGGAUGACUCAGGGAGCAUUAAAAAUCCAGAUUUCUCAGACAUGCAGAAGUUUAUCGUUGAGUUUCUUCAUACCUUCCGUAUUGGGCCAGACCAUGUUCGCAUGGGUCUUGUGAAAUAUUCAGAUUCCCCCUCUCUAGAGUUUGACCUAACACAGCACUCAGAUGUGAAGACAAUGGAAAAAGUAGUGAACAAAAUCAGUCACAAAGGAGGUGGAACAAACACAGGAAAAGCACUGUCAUCCAUGAAAGGACAUUUUCAGAACGCAAAGACGAGCCGUGGCUACAAAGUCUCAGAGUACCUGAUUGUCAUCACUGAUGGAGAAUCCAAUGAUAAAGUUAAAGAUCCUGCAGAAGAACUGAGGGCACAGGGGGUCAUCAUCUACGCCAUCGGGGUGAAUGCCUCAAAUGAUAAUGAGCUGAAUGAGAUUGCUGGGGAUCCAAAGAGAAAGUAUUUUGUCAGUAAUUUUGAUGCCCUGAAAACCAUCAAAAAUGACGUCAUCAGAGAGAUCUGUUCGGAAACUUGUAAAGACAUACCAAGCGACAUAUUUUUCUUAACUGACAGCUCUGAGAGCAUCUCUGAGGAAGACUUCGAAAAGAUGAAAAAUUUCACGAAGUCUGUCAUUAGCAAGUCCAACAUUGGGCAGGAUAAGGUGCAUAUUGGCUUUAUGCAGUACAGCACCAACACACGCCUGGAGUUCGACCUCACCAAACACUACAACCUGGAAGGAAUGCUAAACACCAUCGAUGGUAUGAAGCAGAUGAACGAAGGCACUCGCACUGGCAGGGCCAUCACAGAAGUUUCACAGUAUUUUGAUGCAGCCAGAGGAGGGCGUCCUUGGAUGAAGCAGUGGUUGGUUGUUCUAACAGACGGUAAAUCCAAAGAUAACGUUACAGAACCAGCUCAUGCUCUGAGGGCCAAAGGAGUGGUGAUCUAUGCCAUUGGAGUGGAUAAGGUCAACAGGCAGGAACUGUCGGAGAUCAGUGGCUCAUCGCAGAGGGUCUUCAUUGAGAACACCUUUGAUGCAUUGAAGGAACUAGAGACCAAGCUGGCCUUGAAGUUCUGUGAGAAAGAUUGUAAAAAGACAGAAAAGGCUGAUAUUAUUUUUCUGGUGGAUGGUUCUGGAAGCAUAAAUAACGAACAGUUCAAAAGUAUGCAAACAUUUAUGGCUUCAGUUGUGAACCAGACCACAGUUGGUAAAGAUCUGACUCGUUUUGGAGUCAUUCUCUACUCUGACGCACCCAAAUACAGCUUUACUCUAAAUGAAAUUUACUCCAAAGGAAAAGUCCUUGAAGCUCUGCAGCAGCUGGUACAACCACAAGGAGACACAUACACAGGUGCUGCCUUGGCAUACUCGCUGGAGUACUUUAACGCUAAACAUGGCGGUCGGAGAGAAAUCAGGGUGCCUCAGAUUCUCACAGUGAUCACAGAUGGAGAAGCUACUGACCCUCACAGACUGAAAGCAGAAUCUGAUGCUCUGCGACAAAAUGGGAUCACAGUCAUCAGUAUCGGAGUGAAGGACGCAAAGAGGAACGAGCUGGAGACCAUGGCUGGUGGCGACACAUCCAAAGUUUUCUUUGUCAAUAAUUUUAAGGAUUUGGAAACUCUGUACCAGAACAUUUCUUCUGUCAUCUGCAAUUCCACUAAGCGAGGUUGCAACCAGACAGACUUGGUCUUCCUGCUCGAUUACUCGAGCAGCAUCAACCAAGACCAGCACGUAAUUAUGUUAGACUUCACAGCAAGUGUGGUGGACAACUUUAAUGUCAGUAAAGAGUUUGCACAUGUCGGACUUGCACAGUUCAGUGUCAAACCUAAACAUGAGUUUUACCUUAACACGUACAACAACAAGACGAAGAUGAUUGAGCAUAUCCGUAACAUGAACUAUGAAGGUGGAGACACUUAUCUUGGAAAAGCCUUGGAUCACAUUAGGGACUACUUUCAUGAAUCAAAGGGAGGCCGCAGAGAUGUUCCCAAGAACCUGGUGUUGAUCACAGAUGGUAAUUCUCAUGAUGACGUGGAGGAUGCCGCAGAAGCGCUCAGGAAAAUGGGGAUUACAAUAUUCGCCAUUGCUGUUGGAGAUGUCUUUUACCUACAGCUCCUGCAGAUCACUGGCACGCCAGAGAAGGUGUUUAAUGUUGAGAACUUCGACAGCUUGUCAAAUAUCAAGACAAAGAUCAUUGACGAAAUCUGUGGGACUGAGCCUGAUGACGAGCCCAAACUUGAUUGCACCAUCGACGUUGCAAUAGGAUUCGAUAUUACUGACACAAGUGGAUCCAACAACAUGCUGAUCAGUGACUACAUCCAACACCUGGAAGAGAUUGUCCAUCAUAUUUCACAUAUUUCAAAAGUAGAUAACUUGUGCUGCACUGGCGUCCCCCAGUCCCCGGUCAAGACCCAAAUCGCCUUCCAUUUGGUAGACAGUGAUGGCAGGGCCUUGUAUGAUACAAAUUUUCCAGACUUCAGUGAGGACGUGUUGAAGAAAGUCUUGAGCUGGAGGUUGUCCCAGCCGACCUACUUUAACUCUGAGCUGCUGAAUUUCUACAAGGAGAAGUUCAAAGCCAAAUCCACGGCUACUGUCAAGGUCUUGAUGAUCUUCUCUGAUGGACUCAAUGAAAACGUCAUGAGUCUACAGCGGGAAUCAAAGCUGCUGCGAGAGUCUGGAGUCAGCGCCCUGCUGGCCGUGGCUGUCAGGGGCGCUGACCACGCUCAGCUACAGAAGGUGGAGUUUGGCCGUGGAUUCGUGCACACUGAUCAGCUAAUAAUCAGCAUGCCCAGCAUCGGCAGCACCAUAUUCCAACAGAUUAGCACCGUGAUAGCUCGGGAAUGCUGCGGAGUGAUGUGCAAAUGUUGGGGAGACAAAGGCCCCCGUGGUCUUCCAGGCCCACGAGGGGCAAAGGGUGAGGAGGGAGAGCGGGGUCAUCCGGGUUUCCCGGGAGAAGAAGGAGUCAGUGGCGAGCGAGGUCCUCCUGGACUUCCUGGACUUCAGGGGAUCCGGGGCUGUCCUGGAAGCAGAGGACAGAAGGGCUACCGAGGCAUCUCAGGCAACAAGGGGGACGACGGCGAGGAUGGACUGAACGGGAUCGAUGGAGAGCAGGGAGAGACGGGACACAGGGGACUGAAAGCAGACCGAGGACCGCCGGGAAACCCAGGUAUCCCGGGGACAGGAGGCGAGAAGGGGCUGAAAGGACAGAAGGGACUGAGAGGAGACCCGGGCAUCCCGGGUGUGGACAACACCAGACCAGGACCCAAAGGAGACCCCGGCAGCCCAGGGAGACCAGGUGAUCCUGGUCCAGACGGGUACGGGGCUGAAGGUGGACUAGAUGGAAACCCGGGUCGUAAUGGAAGAAGAGGUCCCAGUGGUGAGAAGGGGUCACCUGGUGAGAAAGGAAAUCGAGGACCUCCCGGUAUCCCAGGUGCUGCUGGGCCACAGGGCCCUGCUGGGGAUAAUGGGGAACCUGGACCCAAAGGAACACCUGGUUUUCCAGGAAAUCAGGGUGAACAUGGAUCUGUUGGAGAACCGGGGCUACCCGGAAGUCGUGGCCCUAGUGGGCAGAAGGGCCAACCAGGAGAACCAGGUGUGAAGGGUGCUCUGGGACCACCGGGACCCAUAGGCAUGCCGGGUCUGGAUGGUGGUGACGGGUUUGGACCUGAAGGACCGAAAGGUUCCAAGGGAGAUGCUGGUUUUCCUGGUUACCCUGGUUCACCGGGCGACGAAGGUGCGAAGGGACCAAAAGGAUAUCCAGGAUCCAAGGGGAACCGGGGUCGUGGGGGGAACUCGGGCAGGCCAGGAGAACCAGGUGAGCCUGGAGGUGACGGAUAUCCAGGACACAAAGGCCCAAAAGGUCCUCCUGGGAGCAGAAGCCUGUCUGAAUGUGAACUGAUCAACAAAAUCAGAGACAACUGUGCUUGUUCAUGCGGUGAGUCGCAGUGUCCGGCCUACCCCACCGAGCUGGUGUUCGGCUUGGACAUGUCUGACGACGUGACUGCGACGGCCUUCGAGAGGCAGCGCUCCGCCCUCCUCCACCUGCUGGAGGACUUGAGCAUCGCUGAGAGCAACUGUCCACAAGGCGCUCGCGUGGCUGUGGUUGGAUACAACGCCUACACCAAGUACCUGAUCCGCUUCCAGGAAUACCAUCGCAAGACUGCGCUGAUAGAAGCUGUGAAGAACAUCGCCCUAGAGAGGACGUCCAACAAACGCCAGCUGGGCGCCGCCAUGCGCUUUGUGGGUCAGAACAUCUUCAAACGAGUGCGAGCUGGGUUCAUGGUGAGGAAGGUGGCCGUCUUUUUCACCAAUGGGGCGUCUCAGGACAACGAUGCCAUUCUUGCUGCUAUUAUGGAGUACCGGGCUCUAAACAUCGUCCCAGCAAUCAUCUCCCUGAGGAACGUUCCUGCGAUUAAUCAGGCGAUGGAGGCUGACGACACAGGAAACUCCAUCUUCACGGUGCUGAGGAGGCCACAGGAGCCGGCUGCUGACCUGAGGAGGGUCAAGAUCUGUGCCAUCUGUUACGACCCCUGCAGGCGUGCAGAGGAGUGCGCCUUCAUCCAGGAACCAGUGCCGCCUCAGCAGGCGGAUGUGGACCUGGUCAUGGUGCUGGACAGCUCCAGGGAGAUCCAGGCUGAUGAAUACGCCGGUGCCCUUCAGCUGCUGAGCUCUGUGGUGGAGCAGCUGGCCGUGAGUCCACAGCCCCGCCGAGCCGGCCGCCAGGCCCGAGUGGCUCUGGUCCAACAGAGCACCAAGGUGGAGUUCGGCCUGCAGACCUACCAGAACGCUGGAGACAUGAAGACGUACAUGAUGCAGAACAUGAAGCAGCAGGGCGGCUCUUUGGCGCUGGGACAGAUGCUGGACUACACCCUGAGGGAGGUGCUGCUGAAGGCCGGCCAGCCGCGCAGCAAGAGGGCCGUCCUGACUGUGGUGGGCACCAAGACGGCCUACAGGGACCAGGCCAAGCUGCGCUACAUCUCCCAGAAGGCCCAGUGUGAGGGGGUGGCGCUGUUUGUGGUGGCGGUGGGUGGUCGCUACAAACGGACGGAGGUGGAGGAGCUGGCCAGCGCGCCCAUACAGCAGCACCUGAUCAGAUUCAACAGGCUGAAGGCCGACGAGCAGGGCUACGCCCAGCGCUUCAUCAGAGUCUUCCUCUCCGCCCUCAACAAGGGACUCAACACUUAUCCUCCACCCGAAUUUAAACUGACCUGCAGCCAGCUGUCAGAGCCAGACGACACUCUGGACACUAACAGUCAGGGCUCAGCAGACUGGGAGCUGGAGAUUUCUGAUCAGCCGAGAAACUGGUUCCAGGAGCAGACAGGAAUCAUGGCAAGAAACCUGAGCGUCAUCAACACUCUGAACAAAAGACAGAGUUCACUUUCAGGAGCUGACCUCACAGAUGUGAACGUGGAGCCGACGAAGCAGCUGGACAGCUUUGUGUCCACAGACAUCUGCUUCCUCACCAAGGAUGCUGGCGACUGUGUGAAUUACACCGUCAGGUGGUUCUUCGACCACAAACGUAGCGUCUGCUCUCGUUUCUGGUACAGCGGCUGCGGAGGCAACAAAAACCGCUUUGAGACGCAGGCAGAAUGUGAGAGAGUUUGUCUGUCAAAGCACAGAUGAGGCGCUGGGCCCCCGAUCUCCACUGAGAGCAGACACAGCAGAGCGACCUCAGAGCAGCUUUGUCCACAGUGGGUUUUGUUCUGGGCAUUUAAAGUGUUCCAAGACUUAAACACACAAGGAGCCGCCUUUUCUUCCACCCUGCCCAUGUAUGGUUAGUUUAGUUCACUCCUCUGAAACUACUUUACUGAAAUGGAAUAAUCUUUUUUAUGCCAUAGGGUGCUAUUUUUUAUUUUUAAAUACUUUAAAUGCUUUCAAAUUAAGAAAAGCCAUCACGAGAAUGUGUUAAAAAAUGAUUUUAUGCCUAAAACCUUUAUGAAUUAUGUUUAACAGAUGCCAAAGGAAGCAGGACUGUGAUACAAAUUUCUACCUGACGUUGGUGCAGUGCUUUUGCAGCUGCAGCCGGGCAAAACACAAAAUCUGUGAGAAAAUUUAGAAACAUCAAAAACUAAAGUUAAAACAACGCCAGCUCAAGAAACGCUGCCCCCUGCUGGUGAAAAUUUUUAAACCUGCCUUUAAAAUCCAAAUAUUUCCAGGGCUCGUUGGUGCCUUGAAGCAGCUCCUCUGAAACAGCUGCAUGUAUUUUAGUAAUUCCACUGUUAUUUUGUACUGUUUGUUUCUGAAUAAAAGUUUCUGUUUAGAUAAAAGUC